AUGGAUGCUUUGACUCCCAGGGACUCUCCCAAGCGCGAUGGUUCGAUGACCACUGCUGCCUCUGCUAAGCCGGAUGCUCUGGCUAUGGGCAAGGAAGGCAUUGUCCAUGGACACAUCCAUAAUUAUAAUAAUAUGACCUACAUACAUGGUCACUUACACCACAGUGUUCCUGUGGACGACGGUGUUGCUGAUGCUGCCAGUGAUGCGGCUGCUGCCGCUGCAUUUGCGUCUGACGCUAGCCACGGUACGGGUACUGAUUGUCAUCCUGAUGAGAAAUGCAAAGAGUAUGCUGAUUGCCAGCACUUCGAGUUCUUGAACUACCACAAUAAUUCCUCGUUAGCGAAGUAUAAUGAUACGGCGCCGUAUAACACUAAUGGCCAUCCUUUCGCGAACAAUUUUCAUUCGAUAGUUGCUAAUCCUACAAGCCCCCAACCGGAUUCUCAAAAGAUCCUGUCACGUAGGAAGGACUCUUGGUCUAACGACGAUUUGAUACUGCUGCCCUCCGUGAAGAAGAGCAAGCCGGAUCCGCAGCCUGAAUCUGAUGACUGUUAUUGUACGCCCAAGAUCUUGGAGAUUUGUUGUGACGAAACUCAUCCCACAGGGACGUCUAAUGCUAAGCACGAUAAAUCCUAUGAGGCUGCUAAUAAGUUCAAACCUGAGGAUGAUGGCGAUAUUAUAAUAGUCACAGAUGUGAAAAAUGACCAUUUAAUGUCAAAUCUUAACGUCCAUGAGCAGAACUACAACACGAAUGGCCAUGAAACACAAAUUCACAAUAAUAGUAUGUCUGAUAGUUUCUCUCAAUUGAUGUCUCACCUAUCAGAAAUAGAUUGCGGUUUGACUUGUGACACCCCAUGCACCACCAGGACCAGCACCACCAGCGCCAACAGCACCACCAAUGACUCGAAGUCUGCUCAAGAUCAUCAUUCUUUGAAUAACGACGACAUUUUCCAUAAAUACUGCAGGUUUUGCGAGGAGAAAACCGAUAAUCAGCCGUGUUCCAAACAUAUGCACUUAGAUUCCAAGCAACCUCAGGUGACGUCAAAAUGCUCAUCCUUACCACUGCCUGGCAAUACUUUACAGGGCACAAAUCAUGCAUAUCACGAACAUAUUUUGAAUACAGAUACGGAUUUGAAAAUCUUGGAGGAUUUAUGCAAUAUUUCUUCCUUAUAUGAAGUACCGUUUGGAAAACACAUGAAUCAUCACAAUCAUAACUGCGCCGAUGCCGGGGAUGUUGAUUCUGCUGUCGCGAGCCAUGGCGAUGGCAAUCAAACUAUGAAUCUCUUACUAUCAAGCAUUAACAGGUGCAAUCCCAAAAAUAACGUUAAUUUGAGCAACAACACCACUGCCGCCGGGAAAAUGGCAACCGAUCUCCAACACCAUCACCAUAGGAUACAGUUGCAUUCUCACAAAGCAAACAGAGACAGUAACACUAAUAACUUUCCGACUACCGUAACGAACGCAGAGGCUAGUUUGACUAACAAUGACUUGAAUGAAUUAAUUUCAAGAGAAUACAGCUAUGAAAGAUUCAAAAAUCAAAGCGAACCGCCUUUGCAGCCCAAAAUAAUACAUCAAACUCAAAAAAAUCGUAGAUCUUGGCCUACAAAGGAUUUUGACUCAACUAAUUUCAGCUCUUUAGAAGAUUCAUUAUCUUCCAGUGUUUCCCCUCCCGCACAAACGACAAGUACCAUAAAUUUCAACUGGUGUUUUAAAGAAGAGAAAAACAAUGACUUGAAGUGUAAAUGGAAAGAAUGUCCAGAAUCUUGUAGCUCAUUAUUUGAUCUGCAAAAGCACCUAUUAAAGGAUCAUGUCUCACAAGAUUUUAAAGACCCUAUGGAACCAUUAGCUUGCAAUUGGGAUGAUUGUGAUUUCCUCGGGGAUGAUACGUGUUCCAUUGUCAACCAUAUCAAUUGCCAACAUGGUAUCAAUUUCGACAUUCAGUUUGCCAACCCAGAUUCAUUUUUACCUGGCGAUCUCUCGAAGGAAAAACAUCAUUUACUGCAUUGUCCGAACCCACAAACUCACGAACUUUCUAAAUCCAAUGUAUCACUUGAUCUGUCGUUAUCGAUAGAUGACGUGCCCACUAUGCCGUUACCUAAGCAGCCUGAACAAGUAAUUUGUCAAUGGGAUAAUUGCAAUAGGUCGUUUGCUAACGCUCAAGAGUUAAACGACCAUUUAGAAGCAAUUCACUUAACUCGGGGUAAAUCGGAAUACCAGUGCCUAUGGCAUGACUGCCAUCGUACGUUCCCGCAAAGACAAAAAUUGAUCCGUCAUCUAAAGGUGCAUUCAAAAUACAAACCCUAUAAAUGCAAGACUUGUAAAAGAUGUUUUUCUAGCGAAGAAACCUUGGUACAGCAUACCAGAACGCAUUCUGGUGAGAAACCUUACAAAUGCCACAUUUGUAAUAAAAAAUUUGCAAUCUCAAGUUCUUUAAAGAUUCAUAUAAGAACUCAUACUGGCGAAAAACCUUUACAAUGUAAAAUAUGUGGUAAAAGAUUUAACGAAUCGUCGAAUUUGAGCAAGCAUAUUAAGACUCAUAAAAAAAAAUACAAAUGCUCCGACUGUUCUAAAAGUUUUGACGAUUUAGUAAAAUUGAACUCCCAUAAAGUGAAAUGCUCAUUGGAAAGGAAAUCAUAUCUAUAA